UUUUAAAUCUUCUAAAAUUACUUUUUGGCCAAUUCUAAUGUCAUUUAGAGAUUACAAUCAUAUUGGUGUACUUCCUGUUGCUUUGCACUGCGGUGUUGAAAAGCCAAAUUUGAACGUUUAUCUUAAACAGCUGGUUGAUGAGUUGCAAACUUUGAGUGUUCCUUUUGAUUUGAAAGAACUACAAACGGUUAUUUCUGAUGUUGACUUUAUUUGCAAUACACCUGCACGUUCAUUUGCUCUUAUUAUUUUCAAUCACAAUGCAUACUACGGAUGUGGGUACUGUAAUAUCAAAGAUGAAUUAUAUUGUUUAUCUGUACUGUGACAGUGAAGUUCUAGAAUUAAAAAAUUGUGACAUAAUAAUGCCAGAGAAGCUAAAGAGUUGGUCUAUGGAUGAUUGGAGAUCUCGUGGUCAAACAUUAACGGAGGACGAUCUUCAAAUAAAGGCAAUACAUAAGGAUUGUGUAAAUUCGGCAUGCAUAUUACAGAUUAGUAUUUUAUACACCUG